CCCAGGGUGCUGUGGUGGGGCUCAGGGUGCUCACCCCAUCCCCAUCUCUUCCUCUUGCAGAAAUUAUGCACGAUGUGAUUCGGAAGGUGAAGAAGAAGGGAGAAUGGAAGGUGCUGGUGGUGGACCAGCUCAGCAUGCGCAUGCUGUCCUCCUGCUGCAAAAUGACCGACAUCAUGACGGAGGGCAUCACAAUUGUGGAGGACAUCAACAAGCGCCGGGAGCCGCUGCCCAGCCUGGAGGCUGUCUAUCUUAUCACACCCUCUGAAAAGUCCGUCCACUCCCUCAUCAGCGACUUCAAGGACCCCCCCACCUCCAAGUACAGAGCAGCCCACGUCUUUUUCACCGACUCCUGCCCCGAUGCCCUGUUCAAUGAGCUGGUGAAGUCCCGUGCUGCCAAGGUCAUCAAGACCCUGACUGAGAUCAACAUUGCCUUCCUACCCUCUGAGUCCCAGGUUUACUCCCUGGAUUCAGCAGACUCCUUCCAAAGCUUCUACAGCCCUCACAAGGCGCAGAUGAAGAACCCUAUCCUGGAGAGGCUGGCGGAGCAGAUUGCCACUCUGUGUGCCACACUGAAGGAGUACCCAGCCGUGCGGUACCGCGGGGACUACAAGGACAACGCCAUGCUGGCGCAGCUCAUCCAGGACAAGCUGGAUGCCUACAAGGCUGAUGACCCCACUAUGGGUGAGGGUCCGGACAAGGCUCGCUCCCAGCUCCUCAUCCUGGAUCGUGGCUUCGACCCCGCUUCCCCAGUGCUGCACGAGCUGACCUUUCAGGCUAUGAGCUAUGACUUGCUGCCCAUCGAGAACGAUGUCUACAAAUAUGAGACAAGUGGCAUCGGGGAGGCGCGGGUGAAGGAGGUUCUCCUGGAUGAGGAUGAUGACCUCUGGGUCUCCCUGCGCCACAAGCACAUCGCCGAGGUGUCCCAGGAAGUGACCCGGUCCCUGAAGGAGUUCUCAUCAAGCAAGAGGAUGAACACAGGCGAUAAGACCACCAUGAGGGAUCUGUCCCAGAUGCUGAAGAAGAUGCCACAGUACCAGAAGGAGCUCAGCAAGUACUCCACUCACCUGCACCUGGCCGAGGACUGCAUGAAGCACUACCAGGGCACGGUGGACAAGCUGUGCCGAGUGGAACAGGACCUGGCCAUGGGCACCGAUGCCGAAGGCGAGAAGAUCAAAGAUCCCAUGAGGGCCAUUGUCCCCAUUCUGCUGGAUGGGAACGUCAGCACCUAUGACAAGAUCCGCAUCAUCCUGCUCUACAUCUUCCUGAAGAAUGGUAUCACCGAGGAGAACCUGAACAAGCUGAUCCAGCACGCCCAGAUCCCGGCUGAGGACAGCGAGAUCAUCACCAACAUGGCCCACCUCGGGGUGCCCAUCAUCACAGACUCCACCCUGCGGCGCCGAAGCAAGCCGGAGCGGAAGGAGCGGAUCAGCGAGCAGACUUACCAGCUGUCCCGGUGGACCCCUGUCAUUAAGGACAUCAUGGAGGAUGCCAUCGAGGACAAGCUGGACACCAAGCACUACCCGUACAUCUCCACCCGCUCCUCCGCCUCCUUCAGCACCACGGCUGUCAGUGCCCGCUACGGCCACUGGCACAAGAACAAGGCCCCCGGCGAGUACCGCAGCGGCCCCCGCCUCAUCAUCUUCAUCCUGGGGGGGGUGAGCAUGAACGAGAUGCGCUGCGCCUAUGAGGUGACGCAAGCCAGCGGCAAGUGGGAGGUGCUAAUAGGUUCUACUCACAUUCUCACUCCCACCAAAUUUCUCAUGGACCUGAGGCACCCCGACUUCAGGGACUCCACUAGGGUCUCAUUUGAGGAUCAGGCUCCAGCAAUGGAGUGAGCCCAAGCAACCAAGUAAAGGCAGCCAACUAACGAAAAAAGAAACUCUUCCUCCCUGAAGGGCUUUCUUUGAUUCUUCCGUUCUUUCGUUAUAAUUCUGGUUUUUUGCUUUUUCCUUUUGAUGAUUUUGAUUUUUGGAUGAGAAAAUGCUUGCAGUUCUCACCGCUGCCAUGCCUGGCCCUGCAGCCCCUCCAUGCCAUGUGCUCCCCAUAGUGCAGAUGGGCUCCCCCUGCUCGGGGAGGUGCGGAGCGAUGUCCUCGUGCUCAGGGAGAGAUGGGUGUGAGCCCUUGGUUCUGUAGGAAACGAUGGGUUUGUUGGAUUCUUUGUGCCCUGUGAUGGGACCGUGUGUGGUCCCCAGCGGGGUAUACGGGGACGGUGACAUUCCUGCUCCAUGUCCCAGCAUCGUGCAGCCCCCAGGCAAAGUGGGAACGUGGGGACACCCAGGGAAGGGACCGGGGGGGCAGCCGUGAAGGAGUGGGGCUGUGGCAGGCAGGACCUUCCCACCCCUCUCCUCCUCUCCAACCUCUCUUAACCCCUUCUACCCAGGGAUGCUCAUCCCACUGAGCCCCCCCUUGCAGUGCAGUAUCCCCCCCAGUGCCUGUGGUGGCAUUCAGUAGGAUCUACUGCAUGCGGGCAGAGGACAGGAGGGUCUUCAUCAUCUCACCCCCCAACUCCAUCCAUCCCCUCAUCCCUCCCACCCCCUCCCUUUCCCCAUUCCAAGCCCCCAUGGGUGUCCAUCUCUCUGCAAGCAUUUCCAGGUAAGACCUCGCUUGGCAUGGGAU